AUGGCCUUAGCUACACAACCAACCACCAACUUCCUCAACCAAAAAACUCCAUUACUUGAUUAUUUUUCUACUAAACAACCCAAAUCAACCCCAAAACCUCGGUCUUUAGUUGUUAGAAACUCGGUGACUGUGGCUCCACCAUCAGCGGUCAAGAUUGCUAAAGAAUGCAAGGUGAAGUCAGUGAAGGCGAGGCAGAUCAUUGAUAGCAGAGGGAAUCCAACGGUUGAGGUUGAUCUCAUCACUGAUGAUCAGCUUUAUCGAUCAGCUGUACCAAGUGGGGCCUCCACUGGGAUCUAUGAGGCUUUGGAACUUAGAGAUGGAGAUAAAAGUGUUUAUGGUGGCAAAGGUGUGCUUAAUGCAGUUCAUAACAUUAACCAUAUUUUGGGUCCUAAGCUUCUUGGUGUUGAUGUCAGAAACCAAGCUGAUGUGGAUGCUUUAAUGCUGGAUAUCGAUGGAACUCCUAAUAAGGCAAAACUGGGUGCUAACGCAAUUCUUGGAGUAUCUCUGAGCGUGUGCCGAGCUGGUGCGGGGGCGAAAGGAGUGCCAUUGUAUAAACACAUCCAGGAAAUAUCAGGAACCAAGGAGCUUGUUAUGCCUGUUCCUGCUUUUAAUGUCAUAAAUGGAGGCAGUCAUGCUGGAAAUAAUCUGGCUAUGCAAGAAUUUAUGAUUCUUCCUGUAGGUGCAACUACAUUCGCUGAAGCUCUCCGCAUGGGCAGCGAAGUGUAUCAUACACUAAAGAAAAUUAUCGAGAAAAAGUAUGGACAAGAUGCUUGCAAUGUUGGGGACGAGGGGGAUUUGCUCCCAAUGUUCAGGAUAACAGGGAAGGACUGGUUUUGCUCAUUGAUGCGAUUGAAAAUGCUGGCUACACAGGAAAGGUAG